AUGAGCAUCUCAGGACCGCUAUACCGCCGAACACCGCGGCUGUUGUUUAACCGCAGCAAGCCAGGGGAGUGGAGUCUUGUUUGGUGUGAGCUCGCCGUAGAGCGCGGUGAGCUUCUAGUCUCGCUGGAUUCCGACAGCCGUAGCCGCAUUAUCUCCAUCCCCGUAAAAGAUUGUGAGCUCGCUCAUGUGCGCAGCGACGGUCGCGACUGCAUCGAAUUGACAAUCAACCGAGGCAAGAAGGAAACUUUCUCGUCUCACGAGUCCAGCCACGAUGUGGAUUGGUGGAUGACAACAUUAAUCUCUGUUAAAAGAGACUUGCAGCGGGGAAUCAAGCCUCAACUUUCCCUGGUCACAGCUCACGUAUCAGAACCGGCAACUAGACCAAAGCAUAUGCGCCGCCCAUCGUCGCAGUUUAAUUUUGGAGCCGCACUAAAUGGAGCAGGACUCGGACGACCGACUUUGAAACGACGCAAACCAGCGUUGGCUACAUCGGAGACGCUGUUUGAGCGCUUCACAAUUUAUGAGACGCCUUCGAUGUACUACGUCGUUUGUUCGGACCGUCAUUAUUCUCGAUUUCGGAUGAUCGAAUUGAAUCGGAUGGUAGAACGGCCUCAGAAGCUAGCGGAAGUUAUAAACGAAGAUAAAAUGAUAUAUGACUGGGAACAGAUGGAAGCGAAGUUGCAAGCACUUGCCGAGCUGGCUCGAGUGCGUGGCACAGGGCGACUUGAGCGAGCGUUUACAGCCGUGGCCAUUGUUGGCUGCAUUCGCUUCUUGCGUGACUACUACUUUAUCUUCGUCACACAGCGACGAAAGAUAGGUAACAUCGGAGGCAACUCGAUAUACGGAAUCUCAGCUACGCAGCAGCUGAAUGUGAGUCGGCCUGAAAAAGAUCGAAGCGCAUGGACACAGUUCAACCGCUGGUUUAAUAUGAGUCCUGAAGAAGAAGCAGAAGCGCGGUACCUUGGCCUUUUUCACUUUUUAGAUUUAACAAAGGACUUUUACUUUAGUUACUCUUACGAUAUCACGCACACAUUGCAGCAUAACAUGACAACGGAGCAUUCGGAGCCGGCAGAACUGUUCACUUGGAAUUUUUACUUGACGCAAGAAUUACGAACUUGCUUAAGUGGUGGCGCUGCAGCGGAUCUUAUCGUACCCCUUGUACUUGGCUGCUACGAGCAACGCAAGUGCUCGGUGUUUGGACGUCUUGUGAGCAUCGUGCUUCUGGCUCGUCGCUCGCGUCACUUUGCAGGCACGCGCUACUUGAAACGUGGUGUGGCGGACACCGGCAAGGCAGCGAAUGACGUGGAAACAGAACAAAUUAUUGAAGACGAGAGUAUGGGUCCGGGCAAGUUUAGCUCAUUUGUACAGCAUCGCGGAUCAAUUCCAGUCUUUUGGUCACAGGAGACGUCAGCCACGCUGCCAAAGCCACCGAUUGUGCUGAACCGUGUCGAUCCAACGUAUGCGGCGACACAAAAACAUUUCGCUGAUUUGUUUUCGCGCUACGGCUCACCCAUUGUAGCGCUUAAUCUUGUCAAGCAGUCCGAAAAGAAAGAACGUGAAGUCAUUGUUGGGAACGAGUACAUGAACGCUGUCGAGUACCUUAACAGCUUUAUGCCACCAAAACAUCGUGUGCGCUAUGUGGCAUUGGAUUACUCGCGACUGUCAGGUCCGAAACAGAAAGGCCUUAAUGUGCUGCAUUCGCUGGAUAAAGUGGCUGUGUGGGCUCUUACGCAGACAGGGUUCUUUUGCAGUGCGCCAAAACGGCAGAUUAACCAGAACGGUAAUCGGCGCACAGCACAAGCGUUUUUUCCAAGCCCGCCAUCUGAGAUAUGGGAUGCAUCUUUGACGUCAAGUAAUCUGCGACAACAGGGCGAGACACGUGAAGAAGCAGCAGUCAAUAAAUCUCCAUCAUCUCCGACGAUUACAAGAAACUCUGGCGAUUGGCUUGAACAACGAGGGAUUCUUCGCACGAAUUGUAUUGACUGUCUCGAUCGCACCAACGUUAGUCAGUUUAGUGUGGGGAUGCGAGCGCUGGGUCAACAGCUUUACGUGAUGGGUAUCAAGAAUACGCCUCUAUUAGAGAGCCGAUCACAGCUUGUUCUGGUUUUAAUGAAGCUGUAUUCCCUUAUGGGCGAUGCAAUUUCAAUGCAAUACGGUGGAUCUGAAGCGCACAAAAACGUCAAGAACAGCGCGGCUCGGGAAAAUGUCAAGCAUCGUGAACUUUUGACGUCGAUUCGACGGUACUAUAGCAAUUCGUUCACCGAUACGGCAAAGCAGGAUGCAAUUAAUAUUUUCUUAGGUCACUUUGUGCCACGAGAAGGCUUUCCCCCGUUGUGGGAGCUUGAUUCUGACUACUAUCUUCACAAUUUCGAGGUGCGUAAUGGUAUGGCUGCGUGCGAAAAUGUUCGGCGCAAUCUUGCUAUUCAUGCUGAGAACAAACAAAAUGCAUUCAGCGAGCUUCCUGAUAUACAGCACUUGCAGUUGUCGUACUGUUCGUCGUCGGACGAUGGUAGCGAGGAUAGCAACGACAAGGAACCAACGCGUGAACGCAGUCUAGUCAAGGCAGCCAGACAACAGGCGAAGCGCGAUGCAUACAUCCGUGGAUGUAGAAGGGUUUUGGAUGAAUGGUGGAAGGAACCUCUGGAAAAAUUUGAGCGGCUAAAGUUUUGCCAGCCACCCAGGGAGGAUAAGACACAUUGCGUAUGUGACAGGGUCGCUAUCAAAGAAAUCAGACAAGAUAAUUUGACUGAGGACUGUUCGGAUGAUUUCAUGCAUAUGUACCAUCCAGAAGAAUUGACAACUUUCGACAAGGUGUUAGGAUACAAAUUUAUGCUACCGAUGGAGAUAUCGGACGAAGUGCAUGAUGAAGACAAGCAUCGAUCGGAAAGUGCGGUCGUAGCACAUUUAACUUCGGCUCCCUUGUCCUCGUCAAUGUCUGGACUAUCGUGCGUUGGUGAAGACAAUUUCUCAUAUCAGCGUGGUCAAACAAGUAAAGGACCGCGAUCGUAUCGAAGCAUGAGCGCUCCUGAUAUUGGGGAAGACCAGCCGCCGUCCACUCAAAAGUUUCGCGAUACUGGAUGUGAGUACAAAAGCGGAUUUCAAGAAGAGAAUUCUAAUAUUGAAGGCCUGGAGACCCGUCGGGCUUCUCGAUUAGCCUCAGCAGAAUCAACUAAAAGGUAUGGAGUUGAUAACUUCGCGAUGCAUAAAGCAAUUGUGAAGCGCAGGGACGACCAAACUAGCGUCAACAGUUUUGUGUGGAGCAGAGGGAAUCGUAAAUUUGUAGGUGAUUGCUCCCCAUCUGUUUCGGAUCCUGUGUAUCAACAAUACGUGCUUCGAAAAGAAUCACCUCAAAUGUGGGAAAAAGAUAAUGAGAAUGUGAAAAUGUACUUCGAGACUUACAUGCGCGAAAACCACAUCAGUCCUGAUGAUGCGCGAGGACUUCGUGAUGCACAAGCGCGUGCUGGUGCUACGUUCAAAUUGCAAGUUGGUCCGUACACCGGAUUAGAACAACACGUGAAGGCUCGAGUCCUGGUAUCCAAGAAGCUUCAAACCGAAGCCGAAGAUCAAAAAAUAUUCGAGGAUACAUUGGAUCUAAAAAAAUUUGUCAGAACAGGAGAAGCGUCAGUUCCUGCAGAUAGUUUAGAGCUUUAUAAGACGUUUUUUGAUGAGGAAUUACCAAAUGUGGAUACAUACCGACCGACGACAGAAACGAAGCCGCCAGGUUCUAUGAGGAAAGAUCUCACUCCUUCAGUCGCCAAAAGAUGCACAUCAGCCACCGCUCUAUCUACCGUGCUCGCCCAUAGCAUCCAUCAACUGUCUUUAAACAAAAAGACUCGCACCCGUUUUAGCAUUGGAAAUCUCAUUCCCGUUGGUCCAUUGUUCAAAAUGGACGGCGGGAAAGACCGUGACUUUAUUGUAUUCAACGAAGCUGCUGCGGACAACGACAUUCGGUGA